AUGGGGCGAAAAGAGCGUGUUCCUCGCCGUUCUCAACCCAAAUCCCCGCUGCCAUUCCUGUCAUUCCGCUACGAAUUACAACAAGCUGUCUACGGACAUCUCGGCUUUUGGGAGAAACACCGUCUUCGAGCCACCACCAAACAGUUGGCGUGCAACGUGAGCGGCAUCGCCGACAACCCGUAUUGGCCGGUGAGCAAAUAUGUCGACGACAUCCUCAUCUCCGUUAAACCAGCGUUUUUGCAAAUUUUGUGCGAGACCCGUUGCGGCGAGCUGCAAAUCCGUUGGAUGGAUUUUGGCGUGCAAGCGUACAUCGAAUUCUACCAUGACACCUAUCGCACAUGGAAUAGGGAUAUUGGACCGAAUCGGGACCAUGGACGAAGGGAAUUGAGGUACGCCGAUCGAUCGGCACGUCGGCUU